CAACUGCGAGGAUUCUUUUAUCUUAUUUGUUGAAAUUUAUUUCGAUAAUUUUCAUAUUAGGCAGAGAAUAUUUCACAAAGAUCAGACGCGAGUUGUCAGACACUGCUGAAGCAUAUCUAUGGCUAGCCUUUAGUGAGCAGAGGGCGAUGACUCUAGAUGAACAUUCUUUGAAAGGACAAUAUCUGUUUGUGAGGUCUGGGUUUGGAGAUGAGGAGAUCUGCAGCGCCGUCAGUUCGUGCGGCAAAGAGAGGCAGGUUUAUUCCUCCGAUAUUAGGAUCGCGACUACAAGAAAACGGCAUAAGUUUAAAUCGAAACAACACAUCUGCAGAAGAAUUUGAGAAUGGCAGUUCUAAUUCUAUAAAGGAUAAGGAAGAAAUCUCUGUCAAGCCUAUAAUUAAAUCUUCAGACUCAACUUCAACUAAUGGAAAAAGUUUAUUGCUUUCAAAAUUCCAAACAAAAUCAACACAACAGCAAUCGUUUCGAUCUCCAUUCCUUAACAAGCAAUCACCAGGGCUUUCCUCAGUGAACACAAGUGACAAGCCAAAGGAUGAAGAAGAUGCUUGUCACUACUUUUCAGUUGUUUGGUGUAAAAUGUCCAAGAAAAAGCACAAAAAAUGGGAUGGAGAUGGCAUAUUAAUAACAAGGGGAAGAACAGCCAUAUUGAAGGACCUAGAAGGAAAAGAGAUUGCAAAGGGUUCUGGUUAUAAGUCUUCUGAACUUGCAACACUUCAGGAAGGCCACACUCUGUUUGUUGGUGGUAAAGAAAUUGAGAUGAUGGGGACUAUAUCAGCUGCUGAUUAUAUGAGUGGCAAGUGCUUUCAUGCUGUUUCCAGUCCUUCUAUAAUAAGUCAGGAAAAUAAUAGAAGAAAUUCUCAAAACACAGUACUAAAGCCCUUCAACAACCCUGGAAAGACUGCCAGUUCCUCUGCAGCAACCAACCAAAAUAUCAAGGCUAAAAGCACUGUAGCUUUGACACCAAGGCAUAGCAUAGAAACACCUGGGGCACUAGUCAUGCCAAGACCUAGUGCAUCACAUCAGUGGGAGAACAACAAGACAUCAACGCAGGUAGUAGAUGUCGUCAUAGAUCCCCACAUUGCUCAACACCUUAGACCACAUCAGAAAGAAGGUGUAAUCUUCCUCUAUGAAUGUGUAGUGGGGUUAAGGAACUUCAGUGGUAAUGGUGCUAUACUAGGUGAUGAGAUGGGUCUUGGUAAAACAGUACAGUGCAUUUCAUUAAUCUGGACAUUGCACAAGCAAAGCCCAUAUGGUGGUCAGCCGUUAUGCAACAGAACCCUCAUCAUAACUCCAGGCAGUCUAGUCAAGAACUGGUGCUCCGAGUUUCGUAAAUGGUUGGGAAAUGAAAGAAUGAAAGUGUAUCCUGUUACUUCAGAAAAACGCGUCAAGGAGUUCUCAAUCAGUCCAAUCUAUCCAGUUCUGAUCAUCAGUUACGAGAUGUUUAUUCGCUCACUAGAGGAAAUCCAGAACAUCAAGUUUGAUCUGUUCAUCUGUGACGAAGCGCAUCGACUAAAAAACUCCAAUAUCAAAACAACUACGGUGAUUUCAGCACUCAAGACAAGGCGCAGGAUUUUACUCACUGGAACACCUAUACAGAAUGAUCUCACAGAAUUCCACUCUCUGAUCGACAUUUGUAAUCCAGGCAUAUUAGGUACGCAAGUACUAUUUCGUCGUGUAUAUGAACAGCCCAUCAUACAAGGACAACAACCUAAUGCUACGAAUGAAGAAAAGAUUCUUGGACAAACAAGAGCUACCGAGCUGAACCGGUUAACAGGUCUGUUUUUCUUAAGAAGAACAGCGGAAAUCAAUAACCAAUACCUGCCACCCAAAGUUGAAACAGUGAUAUUCUGUCGUCCAUCCCAGCUACAGUCGUCCAUUUAUCGUCGGCUUCUCACCUCAAGGCUGGUUCGCUCCUGUCUAAUAGACUCCGCCGGAGGUUCUCGACACUUGGUGUGCAUUGCCGCGCUCAAAAAGAUAUGCAACCACCCAUGCCUGGUGUUUGAAGCCAGCCAAGAGGCUGAGACAAACCUAGAGAUUGAUGAAUCCGAAGAGGAGUCGCUCUAUGAUGGUCUGCUGUCAGUUUUCCCACAGGGCUACGACAAACAGGACCUGAAUCCACAAGAAUCAGGGAAGUUAGGGACUCUAAGUAAAAUGCUGGACAACAUUUCUUUCAUGAAAGAGAGAGUAGUAGUGGUAUCUAACUAUACCCAGACUUUAGAUGUGAUACAAAAGUUAUGCGAGGCUCGGGAUUACCGGUUCCUCAGACUGGAUGGUAACACUGCUACCAGUAAGCGACAGUCUCUUGUGGAUCGAUUUAAUACCAGAAAUUGUAAUGACUUCGUGUUUCUGCUGAGUUCCAAAGCCGGUGGUGUUGGUCUUAAUCUUAUCGGUGCAUCAAGGCUCAUACUGUAUGAUAUUGACUGGAACCCCGCCAAUGACCUACAGGCCAUGGCAAGGGUUUGGAGAGACGGGCAGAAGAAAAAAGUCUACAUAUAUCGCUUACUAACCACGGGAACUAUCGAGGAAAAGAUUUACCAGCGUCAGACUACCAAGCAAAGUCUAAGUGGAGCUGUAGCUGAUGCUAAAAAGGAAUCUAAAGUAGAAUUCUCACUUGAGGAAAUAAGGGACUUGUUCUGUCUCCACGAGAAUACGCCUUGCUCUACCCAUGACUUGUUGCAAUGCCGCUGUACCGAAGAACAGACUGAUGAUGAGCAAGCGAUAUCCAACCAGUCAGCGGCUGUGCCCAUAACAAGGGCGUGUCAGCUAGGUGUGCCUAGUAACGUUGAGAAGAAGCACACGUCAAUUGCGGAGCUGAUGGAAUGGCAGCAUUUGCCAUCACCUGUCAAUGAUACAGAACAAGAGGAUGGUUCUCUGUCAAAUGCAGGGGAUCUCAUUACCUUCAUGUUUCGCAGUGAAACAAAUCCUGGUAACUCUAUCAAUCUGUCAUCCACAUAUGACAAUCAAGUCACUUAAGAUGUGCCUGACGCGAGAAUCGAUGAGCUUGAGGGGUCAUUAUUUCAGAGUAGAAAACGACUCUCCCUCCCCUACAACGAGUGCCAUGCUGGCUGAAAUACAAUUCAUACAAAUUUAUUGUAAUUCUAAAUUCAAACCAGUAAAAUUAUCAACUUUUAUUUCAAACCAGUAAAUUUACCUCUAUGUGAUAAACGCCGGUAUCAGGCAGUUUAAUUAAAAUAAAAAAUAAAAUCUAAAUGUAAUAUUUUUGUAAUA